AUGGCUGAGAUUAGUUCUGAGAUUGGGGGUAGUGAUUUGUUGUUGGAGUUUGAUGACAUGGAAGUGGGAUCCAAUAGUGGUAGUGGGCACGUGUGGGCGAAAAAAGAUCGUGGGCCCCCAUUCGAGAAUGUGGAGAUGACAUGGCGAAUACGUGGCGUCAUGGCAGAUGUGAGACCAAAGGUGGUCUUGGCUGGAGAGGGUGUGAAGGGUGGAGGAGGCACAAGCAGCGGAGGCAAGCGUAAGACCAUCGAGGCGGGCGAGGAUGUGGGCCUCGAUGAUAGCCGGGUGCAAGGUAGAGAGCAUGGUAGUUGCGCCUUGCUCGAAGGUGGUGGUGGUGGAGGAGGAGGAGUGUGGUUGUGCUUUAGGGGAGGGAGACAUUGA